UUCAAUUGCUUUUCAUUCAUAGACAGUGGGACAGGCUGGAACGCUUCUGAGCAGCACAGCUUCAUUGCGUGGUAAAAUGUGUGGUGGUCAAACACCAAAUAGCUUAACACACACUGGGAUUGUGGAGCAAUAAGGAUUCAUGAGCUUCAUUGAAGUUUCCCCAACGCGCAUGAAACCUAGAACCGUGACCGUCCAACCGACAUGAACCCUGCAACCUCUGAACGUCCAUAAAACAGAAAUUCAACAAGCAUGAAGCCCAGCAAACACUGAACAUCCAGCACAUGUUAAUUCAAUAAUGCAACCAUGAACUCUUACCAUCUUAAACCCAGCAAACGCGAACACUACAACCAUACACCUCCAGUAAACCACAAAUAUCCAGACCUAUAAACAUGAGCUCGUUAAAAAUUAACCCAAUACAAUCCCACCAAACACAAAUCCAGCAACCAGAAAUAUCCAACAAACGCAAAUCCAGGAACCACAAAUAUCCAACAAACACAAAUCCAGCAACCAGAAAUGUCCAACAAACGCAAACCCAACAAACUCAAAUCCAGGAACCACAAGUACCCAACAAACUCAAAUCCAGGAACCACAAAUAUCCAACAAACGCAAACCCAACAAACUCAAAUCCAGUAACCACAAAUAUCUAACAGACACAAACCUAACAAACUCAAAUCCAGGAACCACAAAUAUCCAACAAACACAAACCCAGCAAACACAAAUCCAGUAACCACAGAUAUCCAACAGACGCAAACCCAGCAAACACAAAUCCAGCAACCACAAAUAUCCAACAGACGCAAACCCAGCAAACACAAAUCCAGCAACCACAAAUAUCCAACAGCCACAAACCUAACAAACUCAAACCCAGCAACCACAAAUAUUCAACAGAUGCAAACACAAAUCCAGCAACCACAGAUAUCCAACAGACACAAACCUAACAAACUCAAAUCCAGCAACCACAAGUAUCCAACAAACUCAAACCCAACAAAUUCGAAUCCAACAAACAUACAUCUAGCAACCACAAAUAUCCAGCAAACUAAAACCCAACAAACGCAAAUUGUACAACCACAAAUGUCUCACAAACAUGAAACUUACAACUAAUAAAAGCAUCCAAACAAACACAAACCCAGCAAUCAUAAUCCCAACAAAUGUGUCAACCACAUCACAACAAACAUGAACUCUACAAUCAAAAAUAUUAAAACUCAACAAAAAUCCUACAAUCAUGAACACCCCAUGCAAACCCAACACACGCAAUGCUCAAUAACACAAUAAACCCCAAUCCAACAAACUUGACUAACAGGAACCGAACAAGCACAAUCCCAACAAACCUGAAACACUAACCCUACAAACACAAACCCCACAACCUAACAAACAUAAAGCAAGCGUUAGAGAAACGGCAAGUCAGUCAGCCUCAGGAAUCACACAGAAAGUGUUCAGGUUUACUGCUAACUGUUUGGUGCAGAGCAUUGUGCUGUAGACUCGUUGACUUUGAAUGUUGCUCAGGCACAGGCAUGUAAGUGUUUGUGAGGUGAUGCUUUUUGAUCUGGUAAUGGGGUGAUGAAAGUUCUCCUUUCAGAGUUUCACUUCUGACUUCUGAAGGAAACCUUUACAGAAUGAUUUCUCUGUAAUUCUCAGUCCUUGUUUCCCUCUUUCUUUUCUUCUUUUUCUGUCUUCAUAAUGCAGUGUUCUUCAGCUGUGCUGGUUACUGCGAUGAAUGGUAACACUAUCCAGCAGACCACGUGCAGCGUGCCACCCAUACUGCCCCCCUGUGGCUGGAGGGAGUUCUGUGAGUUGCAUGCAAAUGCCACAGCCCGGGAUGUGGCCCAGUGGUACCGGCGCUUCGCCAGGACCCAUCCGCCACACGAUGUCGUCCCUCCGGAGAUCUUCAGCCGGCACUUCAUUGCCGUGUUCCAGCAGCACUUCCACAACGAGGUGUCCAAAGAUGUCCCACCACCGCCCAUGAUGACCGGCCGCUUGCGCAUCACUUCCUUUUCUGGUGCGCUGGACUACCGGGAGCCAGGUGGCGCCGCCCUAUUUGGUGUCCUGUCGCCCAAACCGGACAUGGUGACCGUGGCCCGGGAGCAGGAGCAGCCUUUGCGCUGUUCAUCUAAUGACACUACAAACAGAGCUCUUGGCCACGCCCCCGAAGAGGAAGAUGAGCAGCACCAGCCGCGCUCUGAUGUCACUCACAUCAGUCAGUUCCGGCAAAGCAUACGCCGGCUCUUCAAGAGACGGUCUCGUCCCGAGGAUUCCACCCGUGGUGGGUCUGGAAACGAAUCAGAAAGAAGCAGCGUGGCCUCGGGGGCAGCGGAUCGGGCCUCUCCCUCUCCCCCUCAGACGCCGGUAGCGCCACCUAGUGGCUCCAACCUGCUGAGCCGUUUCGGACUCAGCCGCCUGAAGCGGCUGCAGAGCACAAAGCGGCGGCAGGACAGCGAAGGCACGUGUAAGGAUGGGCAGCUGAGAUACCUGGUGGUGGACGACACUAUCUCCGAUGCGGCGCCACGAUGGCUGCGCUGCCGUCUGCUGGUCAGGAGGACCAGCGACAGGUUCCAGCUGGAGCUCUACGAUCCACCCAAGGGUUCUAGUCCGAAGCUGAGGGCAGGCUGCUCUGACAUACUGGAGAUUCGACGCUGUAAUCGACUGGAGAUGCCGGACAACAUGAACACCUUCGUAUUAAAGGUUAAUCACCAUCCGGGCAGUUUUAUAUUCGAGGCAGAGGACGAGCAGCAGGUCAGCUCCUGGACGUCAGAGCUCCAAGGGUGUAUCACCAACAGGGCCAACAGUGUGGAUCUAGAGUUACUCUGCUUUCCUGUGGGUGAUUCUGUAGCAGCAGUGCGGAGGGGGAGCACAGAGUCUGGCAGCCAGAGCUCUCCGAGCUUUGGGCUGGAGCAGGCGUACCACAAGACGGAUCAUUUCCUGUCAUCUUACCCAUGGUUCCAUGGUCCGAUCUCCCGGGUCCGGGCCGCCCACCUGGUACAGCACGCAGGGGUUGGAGGUCACGGGAACUUUCUGGUCAGACAAAGUGAGACGCGGAGAGGAGACUACGUCCUGACCUUUAACUACCAGGGCAGAGCCAAGCACCUGCGUCUAUCACUGACAGAGUGGGGUCAGUGUCGAGUCCAGCACCUCCGUUUCCGCUCCGUAGUGGAUAUGCUCGCCCACUUCCGUGUCUAUCCAAUCCCACUUGAGUGCGGGGCGGCAUGCGACGUCCUGCUGGCCAAUUAUGUCCUGGCCACUCCCACCCACUCAGGUCAUUGUUCUGCACUGGGUUCUCCAGUGCUGGUGCCUUUCUCUCGCUGCAGCUCGGAGCCCAGCUUGGCUCACUGUGGCCUGGAUCUGUUUCCACCCACGCCUCCUUCCAGUGCACCCCCAACUGGGGCCUCCAACACUCCUUUGCACCGCCCACCACUGCCAGACCGCCCAGGCCCCUCCCCCGACCGUAUGGGCCCCACCCCCAUCCGCCGCAGCGAGUCUGUGGGCCGCCGGACUCUCCUCCGCCACCCCAACCCUCUCCCCCCUCUUCUCCACAACCGCGACUCAGAUUAUGAACUGGAGCCGCCAGACAGGGGGCGCAAGCGAGCCAUCGACAAUCAGUAUAUGUUCUUCUGAGGGAGUGGGCAAUUAAGAAAGCAGCCAGAGCACAGGACGUCCGCUUCGGGGACAGAGUUCUCCAGGGUGCUCCUCCAGUUGGGGGCGCAAGAGAAGCCAGCAGAUACCCAGAAUUCUCUGGUGCAGGAGAUGAAGGAGAGAAAUGGGGCCGUGUGUCAAUUUGUUCUUAAAGUCUUCCGCUAAUCACUAUUUGUGGGGUCCAUGUGAAAGGCCCAUUAUUGCAAAGGUGGAAGUGGUCCAAAAAAGCCUUCCUUGAGCAAAUCUGCAAUGGUGCAGGCUCGAGAAGCCAGGCUCCCACUUUCCUGUUCCAUUAUUCAUUGCGCCUGGAGUGUCAUUUUAUAUGGAAGGUCACUCAAGAGUGACGUGGGAAUGGGGGCAGAUUGACAAAGGUCCAGGGAACCAAAUGGGUGUUCCUGUGAGCAAGCCAACGUGCCAGAUACACUCUUCCUCUUGCGUUAGUGAGAGGUCUGACAAUCAUGUCCUCCUUGAAUGUAUUUUAAAUUUUUUGUCACUAUUACGUAGAGAGGCAUGGUGGGCAGGAGACAGCAUCCCCAUAGUAAAGCCUUUCCAUUCUGGUCAACAAACACUGAAAACCUUUGGUGUUGGGUACCCAGCUCCAUUCCUGGAGAUCUGCCAUCAUAGAGAGAUUAGUUCCCUCACAUUUGAUAUUCAUAUGAUCUUGAAGACCUUGAUUGGUGUUAGAUUACGUUAGGUUGGAUCUAAGAACAGCAGAUCUUCAGGACCAGAAUUGGGCACCUUCCCUCUAGAGCAUUGCUUCCCAGUGCAGAUCUCAGAGCCCACUAGACUUGAGAUCUUCAAAUCCAUACCUUGAAUCCAGUUUCCAGUCCUGGGUUUGCAGUGAUGGUAGGCAUGAUACUAGAUGGGCAAUUUGUAACAUCAACAGGUCAGUUAGGUACCAGUGAUUAAUACUGGACCGGAAACUGGUUUCAAGAUCCAUAUUUAAAAACUGCACUAGAUGGUCUGUGUUAGUUCCCAGCACACAUUAACCAGGUAUUCAAUCUCCUUAAUAGCUUGGUUCAGGGUUGUUAGGAGGUGUAAUAGUGCAAAGAUUUGGACUGUUUAGUUGGCUCCAAGUACUAGGUUGAGAACCACUGCUUUACAAUGUUAUCCCCCCAUUCACAGUGGUUCACAGAGCUUGUCAGAACUUUUCAAAGUCAACAUUAGCAGUUGUUGCCAUUUGUAGGUAUUCAUCUGACACUAGUGGCACAGUUACUAGUGAGAAUAUGACAUAUGAGGCAGGGACAGCAAGAAUCAGUGUCCCAGACCUCAGCAACCCAACAUCUCUGACUCAAGUGAUCAAGGGCUCAAGAUCACUGUCUACCUGACCUGGGUGUGCUGGGACCUGGAGUAGAACACAAGCAUGUGACCAAGGAUGUGAUCUCUGAUGUGACGUAUCAGAUGGGGGGGAUAACUGAAUGGAUUUUUGAAUGUUGGACUUGGGAAAGAAAAGGGUCUCAUUUAUGAAAUUUGUCCAGAAUGUAUAAAUUCACAAAUUAAAUUUAGAUAUUUUUCACAGUGUCUGCUGUGCAAACAAAUCUGUGAUCUCAGUCUUGUCAUGGAAGGUUACUUGCUGACACUCCCUGGUUCUUCACAUUUUUUGAUGUAUGCAUCAAAAGCAUGAAAUACAAAGAGGAGACUUCUUCAGUGGCACAAUGGUCUAAGAGUUGGCAGAAUCAUUAGGAAAGUUAUAAGUCCGAUCCCAUGAGAUGCCAUAGCCAUCCGUCACCGCGAAUCCAAGAGAGCAUGAUUGGUCCUGCUUGCUCGGGGUGGGUGGGACAAUCCUCCUUCUUCCCUGGGCAUUCAGUUUAAUGGUAAUCAACAUGGGUGCUAUUAGUAGUUAGCAGUUAGGCAGUUUGAAAAGAUGUGGUGGCACUUAACAUUGGUAGCAUUGCAUGAUCGAGAGAGACUUAGUGGCUGAGAAUAAAGUAACAAUACUCAGGAGCUUCCUUUAAUGUUGUUCAAAUAUAAAUCACAAAAUCUGAAGAACCAGGGAAUGCCUGCAAAUAUCUUUAGAUCUUACAAGCUUGUCUACAAAUAACACCAUUUUUGAUAAAACAGAGUUUCAAUAUAAGUUCAGAUCCAUGGAAUUUAGGAUCAAAUACAUACUCGCAAACCUUUUAUAAAUGAGACCCAAGGCAUCUUAAACCAUCAUCACUUUUAUUUAUAUAGCGCCUUUCCCAUGCUCGAGGAUGCUUUACAAUCAAUACAUAACCACAUACAAACCAUGACAGUGUUUAACCCACUUACGCUCACCCACACAUUCAAAGUGUGUAUUCUAACUUCAGCUUAGAUAAAGAGAUUGUGCUUUGACCAGCAUGCAUUGUAAUUGGGUAAGCUAAUAUUUGUUGCCUUAGACAACAACCAAAGACUCAUAGGCCUGUAGAUGUGGUCUGGUAAUGUAGAUGAAUCAGAUCGUAUGAGUCCUGUGGUUGGUGGACUGUCAAACUUGAGACAGUUUAAAUAGUAUAAAGUGCUAAACUUAUAUUGAAGGAAAGUGCCUUAGAGAACUUGGUGAACGAAAAUCAUGGCCAAAGAUUUUUUAGUUCAGCCUAAUAAUAUCUGACUGUUGUUCACAGGUAAACUGAGGCAAUGCCUUUGCAGUUUUUUGUGUUUGAAGUGUUUGACUUGUUUGGUGAUACAGACCAAAAGCUGUUGCUUUUCUACCACACAUGUACACAAAGAACAAACUCAGUAUGACGUCCUGGAUUGUUGCUCUCAGCUCUGAAAUCACAAAAAGCAGAAUUAAACCAAAAAAGUGACCAGGUCUGACUCAGUCUUAAAGCUAGUUGUAAACAGAGUAAUUCUUAGCAUUAUUAGGCAAUUCAGUGCUCUAGUUUCCAUCGUGUGGAUUAGCAAAGCACUACACUUCCAACCAAGUGUGACCCCUAGCAGAUUUCAGGUUUAGUUCAGGUGAGCGCCAGUUGAGAAGAUCCAAAAGGUCAAAUCAGAUGUAGAUGAAGUCCAGCGACACAUCGAGAGCAAAACGAUAGAUGGACUUUCUAACAGCUAGCUUGUCUUAAACGUUAUCUUUCCAGAAAGCUAAGAGAAGAUCUGAAAUGUCGAAUCAGUUAUAGAAAGGUUUUUCCGGUGAGCAUCAGAAAUAAAGGUAUAGAUGGCAUUUUUGUUGUUCUUGUAGGUUAGCCACGUUGGCCAUUUGGCUUUAGCAAGAAGGGGACAGCACCGCCCCCUUCUUGGAUAGAGUGCAAAAGCAAUUUGACCUGUACAAGAUCAUUUGAAAACAGUCUUGACUUAAUAUUAUAUUUCUUGCAAAAUCAGAGUCUGCGAUCAAAAGUUAUGAAUCACAAUGGUUUAGCUAAUCAACUCUGCGAAAGAAAAGCAACGGUAUCUUGCAGACCCACACGCUUCUCAACCUGCUUUUCUCACCGAGUUGCGGGAGCAGUGUCUCGAAAGGCAUCGUGAUGCAGAGAUCAUCAUAUGAUUUUCCCUGAAUCGGGUCACUGCGAUGCUUUUCAGAACCGGUUCCCCUGCUGCCUAGCACAUGGUUUCUUCGGGUCUAUUUUCAGUCAUCGAUUUUUCUUGCCGUAGUUUUCACAGGACGCUUUUAUACCCCUCUCGAUUGCAUUAAUUGACAUUUUACAAUUUUCUACAGUGAAGCAAUAAGUUUUUAUAUUCAGUUUGAAUGGAAGUGCCAACUGUAUCCAUGAUUCACUACCUCGCAAUGCAUUGUAGACUGUGCGUUCUAGGUGGACUGUUUUUUGAUUGGACGGUGAUGGGGAGAGGGGUGGGAAUCAUUCAAUUCUCCUCUUGGAGUUUUUCCAGAUAAACUAAUUCCUUAAAUUGUUGUGCUGCUUGCAAUUGACCCUGAAUGUCUUUGUAAUUGUAAAACACUUUUUUUAAUGCACAAACAGUAAUUAAUUUGUACACCUUAUUUUGAUUUGUAUGUGUGUACAGAUUGAAUUUCAACAUGCCUGACAGAGAACAACAGCACAGGGAGACGCCUGCAACGUUUUGGCAAUAACACUUAAUGCCCCGGAAGUUCUCAGUUGGUCUUUAAGACCCUCUAGGAGUCCACAUUCUUGUUCUGUCCCCAAAAUCCUGACAUACCUCGGCCGAUUUAUCUAGGUCUGCUUCAGGGUUGCUAUGAGCUGGAACGAGGCCUGGGUGACAAAACAGUGAUUAUAAUGAUCAAAGUCAAACACUUUUUGUAUCUCGAUAAAAAGUUCUUGAGGUAUUUUUGUUACAAUAAUUACACUGUGCUGUUUCUCAAUUUGGUAUUAGCAAUAAAGGCUUGAACUUUGGUACUUCA